AUAUCAUCAUACAGUUAAACUAUUCAAAACAUCACCAUGGCUUCAACUCUUCAAGCUUCUACCUUGUUCUUUGCCUUUGCAACGUUCAUUCUGAUGUUCAUGGGAGAGCAAGCAAUGGCUGCGGGAAUAUUUCGACCCAGUCAAUGGGCUCUCGCCCAUGCCACCUUUUACGGUGAUGAAACUGCUUCUGCCACUAUGGGAGGAGCAUGCGGGUACGGGAAUUUAUUUCAAAAUGGUUACGGGACAGACACGGCGGCUUUAAGUUCUACGUUGUUCAACAAUGGUUAUGCGUGCGGAACCUGUUAUCAGAUAAAAUGUUACCAAUCAAGUGCGUGUUAUAAAAACGUUGCCUUUACGACGGUGACCGCCACCAAUCUCUGCCCUCCGAACUGGGCGCAACCCUCCGACAACGGCGGCUGGUGCAACCCACCACGAGUGCAUUUCGACAUGGCCAAACCCGCUUUCAUGAAAAUCGCGCAGUGGAAAGCCGGCAUCGUCCCUGUUAUGUACCGCAGAGUGCCAUGUGUGAGAAAGGGAGGGAUUCGAUUCUCUUUUCAAGGAAACGGGUACUGGUUAUUGGUGUACGUGAUGAACGUGGGUGGUGGCGGAGAUAUUUCGAGCAUGUCGGUGAGAGGAAGCAGAAGUGGAUGGAUCAACAUGAGCCACAACUGGGGUGCUUCGUAUCAAGCAUUUGCAACUCUUGGUGGCCAAGCUCUUUCUUUCAGGAUUACUUCGUACAGCACCAGGGAAACCAUUAUUGCAUGGAAUGUUGCUCCUGCAAACUGGAACGUGGGACUCACUUAUUCCACCACCGUUAACUUCCGCUGAACAAUGAACUGCGCAACCCUUUGCGGCGGCGGCACACGCUUUUCCCACUGUUUUUUUCUUUAUAUGAAAUCAAGAGACUGUGUCUGCUGCAAGUGAAUUUUCUGCAUACCAGCAGGUGCACACAUACAGGUAGAUGUAAAGAAACUGUCACUUUUUGUUAUAGUUUGACAAACUUAAAGGGACGUUCAUCGUUUCCUCAAAGUUCACACGUAGCUCCAAAUUUGCAAUAAAAGCUUCAGUUCUUUUUUCA